UUCGAUCUAGAAGUUAGAACAACCACUUUUUCGCUAUUUUUCCCUACUUAUUGUUCAGUUUCUUUUUUUUUUUAAAAAUCGAAAUCACAAUAACUCUUUGGAAUAUGGUCACUGCCGACAAACUUGACACUUCCUGCAAUAACCUCAGCAUCCUCUAAUCGCCGAAUGCGGAGUACGUAAUAUGCCACUGGCGCCUGUAAUUGCGCAAUCGCGAACCGCUACCUCCGGAGACAUUCAAGGAUUCUUUCUCAGAUUCUAAAGUCGGAAAGACAUCAAGUUGGACUGACCAACACGAUGUUCGCUAGAGCCGUCAGGUCGUCUUGCGCGCGACUGCCGCAGCGAUCGCAAGGCCUUUAUGGAGUCGCUCGCGUGAACAGUCAAAACCAACUGCGAAUCUUAACUACGAGUCGCUCGCUACGAGAUAACCAGAAAACCACAGCUAGUUCUUCGUUGCAAUCGAAGACAACUGAAAUAGCUCCUCAGAUUACGAAAAAGGACGAUGCGCCAGGCGUACAGAAAUUGCUCGCGGAGACCAAAUCAACUCCGAAAAAGAAGUCGGAAGAUAUUCUCAACACAAGCGCAGCUACAAACAAAGAACAGCGAAAGGCAGACUGGGCCAUUAUGAAGGAUUUGGCAAAGUACUUGUGGCCGAAGGGUGAUUGGGGAACUAAGUUGCGAGUUGGGACAGCUCUCACACUGUUGAUUGGAGCAAAGGUUCUCAACGUCGAAGUUCCUUUCUAUUUCAAAAAUAUUGUCGACUCGAUGAACAUCGAUUUCGCAGCUGUGGGUGGCACGGCAUGGACAGUGGCAGGGUCAAUGAUAAUAGCCUAUGGAGUUACGAGAAUUGGCGCCACGGUAUUUCAAGAAUUGAGAAACGCUGUAUUUGCAAGUGUUGCGCAGAAAGCGAUUCGAAAAGUUGCGGGCAAUGUUUUCGAUCACCUUCUACGACUAGACCUGAACUUUCACUUGAGCCGACAAACUGGUGGUCUCACAAGAGCAAUCGAUCGCGGAACCAAGGGUAUCAGUUUCUUAUUGACGUCUAUGGUGUUCCAUGUCUUUCCCACUGCAUUGGAGAUUUCGAUGGUUUGUGGUAUUUUGACAUAUCAAUACGGAUUUCGGUUCGCAGCAAUCACAGCAGCCACUAUGGUUGCAUACACUGCGUUCACAAUUACAACCACAGCGUGGCGAACAAAGUUCAGAAGACAGGCUAAUGCUGCAGAUAACAAAGGAGCUACAGUUGCUGUCGAUUCAUUGAUCAACUACGAAGCCGUUAAAUACUUCAAUAACGAAGCGUACGAAGUGUCACGUUAUGAUAAAGCUCUCAAGGCAUACGAAGAUGCAUCUAUAAAGGUGACUACGUCUCUGGCAUUCUUGAACUCGGGACAAAACAUGAUAUUUUCCAGCGCCCUAGCUGCCAUGAUGUACUUGGCAGCGGAUGGAGUGGCAACAGGACAAUUGACAGUAGGAGACUUGGUGAUGGUCAAUCAAUUAGUCUUCCAGUUAUCAGUUCCGUUAAAUUUCCUGGGUUCCGUCUAUCGUGAAUUGAGACAGUCUUUACUUGAUAUGGAGACCUUAUUCAACCUUCAGAAGGUCAACGUCACUGUUAAGGAGCGACCAGAUGCCAAAGUCUUGGACUUGUCCCGAGGAGGUGAAAUUCGAUUUGAAAAUGUGACCUUUGGAUAUCAUCCAGACCGACCCAUUCUCAAGAAUGCGACUUUCACGAUUCCUGCUGGGGCAAAAUUUGCAGUCGUCGGACCCAGUGGCUGCGGAAAGUCCACAAUCCUCAGGUUGUUGUUCCGCUUUUACGAUGUUCAAGAAGGCCGGAUUUUGAUUGACGGCCAGGACGUGCGUGAUGUGACGUUGGAGAGUCUACGGAAAUCCAUUGGUGUUGUGCCGCAAGAUAUGCCUCUCUUCAACGACACAAUUGAGCACAAUAUCCGGUAUGGCCGGAUAGAUGCUACCAGCGAAGAAGUCCAGAAAGCUGCCCAGAGAGCGCACGUCCACGAACUCAUUCAAAGGUUGCCGGACGGAUAUAAAACAGCUGUGGGUGAGCGAGGAAUGAUGAUUUCUGGAGGGGAAAAACAACGGUUGGCGGUGUCGCGGCUGAUUCUAAAAGACCCGCCACUGCUCUUCUUUGACGAAGCGACUUCAGCUUUGGAUACAUAUACCGAGCAGGCCCUUCUCCAAAAUAUCAAUAGUAUCAUCAAAGAAAAGGCACGGACAAGUGUGUUUGUUGCGCACCGGCUGCGGACUAUCUAUGAUAGCGAUCAGAUUCUUGUCCUCAAGGAUGGCCGAGUGGCUGAGAGUGGCACACAUGCGGAAUUGCUUGAAUUGAAGGGUGUCUAUGCAGAGUUGUGGCAUGCCCAAGAAUUGUCUCUUGCCCAGGAUGCAGAUCUCGAGAAGAACCUCGAAAUCGAUCCCGAGUUUGACCUAGCCGAAAAUGUGACCAAAACAGAUCAGCCACAGUCGAAAAAGUGAUAUAGAUGAAUACGUUGUACAUAUAGAUCUGUAUAUAGAGCAAAAGUGGGAUUUUUAGCGGUGUCGCAGAUCGGCUGUUAGGGCUUUUCAGCACGUGAUCAGAUUCCGGAUGUUGAUGUGUUAACUAACUAACGUAAUCCACAAGCGAACCACCACUUUUUCCCGAACGCGUACAAAAUAUUGAUCUCAAAUCUCAAUUUCUAACCACAUACAAAUUAUAUACAAAAGAAUUAACUCCUAGUACGAUUAGGACAUCCGGUUAUUUUAUGUCCUUCAAUACCGCAACCACUGCAGCGAAAUUGACGUCGUACAGG